UGCUGGUAGUUAAUGCUUCAAUUCGAUAAGGACAUAUGACAUUGCAAUAUGCCUCAAUUCAAGUGGACAUACAAUUUACCAUCUGUGACAAUCACAAGAGUUAAAAGAAGAAAAAGAAACCUCCUCUCAACCAAUAAUACCAACCCACCGCUCACUCCUCUGUCCUCUCCUCGCUCCCAUUAUAUAUAUAUAUUCACCUUUUUCACCUUCAGGACUCAAUCUCACUAAGAUUAGAUUUAAGAGGCCCCGUUUUAAACACACAUAACAUAAAUCAAAUUUAGAAUCAUGGCAUCUCCACCAGAUACAAGCAAAUCCAUAAAGCUUCUACGUUAUCAGAAAACGACAAGCCGUUACUCAUCAAGCUCUUCGACGUCGUUCCGUUCACGCACGUGCUUCACCUAGCUGCGCAAGCCGGAGUUCGUUACGCCAUGCAGAACCCGCAAUCCUACGUGGCAUCCAACAUCGCGGGAUUCGUAAACCUUCUAGAAGUUUCCAAGGAAGUGAACCCCCAACCUGCCAUUGUUUGGGCCUCUUCCAGCUCCGUCUACGGACUCAACACCGAGAACCCUUUCUCGGAGCUCCACCGUACGGACCAGCCUGCGAGCCUCUACGCCGCCACGAAGAAAGCCGGCGAGGAGAUCGCGCACACGUACAACCACAUCUAUGGACUCUCCCUCACCGGAUUAAGGUUCUUCACGGUGUAUGGACCUUGGGGGAGACCUGACAUGGCUUACUUCUUCUUCACGAAGGACAUACUUCAGGGGAAGACCAUUGAUGUCUAUCAGACGCAGGAGGACAAGGAGGUGGCGCGUGACUUCACGUACAUAGAUGACGUGGUGAAGGGGUGCCUGGGAGCGCUGGACACUGCAGAGAAGAGUACCGGGAGCGGUGGGAAGAAGCGGGGACCGGCGCAACUUAGGGUUUACAACCUUGGGAACACGUCGCCGGUGCCGGUGGGGAAGUUGGUUGCUAUAUUAGAAGGGUUGCUGAACGUGAAGGCAAAGAAGCACGUGAUUAAGAUGCCACGAAACGGCGACGUUCCGUUCACGCACGCUAAUGUGAGCUUAGCUAAUCAAGAUUUUGGAUAUAAGCCCACCACUGACCUUGCCGCCGGUCUCAGAAAGUUCGUUAAGUGGUACGUUGGCUAUUAUGGUGUUCAAUUAGGGGCAAAAAAGGGAAAUAAUUAGUCACUGAAAAUUUAUUUUUUCUAUAAUGUGAUUAUACUUGAUUUUUAUAGAAGUAUGCCAUGAGUAUAUAAAUGUUUGUAAACAGAUAAAUCAUACAAACAUUUCUAUCGAAACAGGACUGGUUGAUUGAACUUUUUUUUUAAUUAUUAUUUUUAUUUGUUUUUAUAUGGAAUUAUUGUGAUUUUUUGUUGGGGGAGAGAAAGGUGGUGCUGGUGGUGAGAGUUAUGUGUUGUGUGGUCCAGUCCAUAGUUUGAAGCGUGAAUCAUGGAGGAGAUGAGAUGAUGAGAGAGGAUUGAUUGAUACAUAUAUAUAAAUGUGGAGUGUAGAAGGAGGAGACAAAGUUAAUGUGAGAUAAAACAGAAAGCAAACGCAAGAAAGGACGAAGGACGAUGAGCCAAGGAAAAGCCAAGUGUAUAUGUUUCUGUCUGUGAGCUGGAAUAAUGAAGAGGUGGGGUACCCUUCCUAUGUUAUGGAUCGUGUAAUAAUUUCCAUGUUUUUUAAUCUGAUUGCUAUGUAUACAUAAAAUAAAUUUUGAUGAGUCAAAAAAAAAAAAAAAGAAAAAAAAAACAAAUUGUGAUGAAAUUUACAGGAUCUGCUUCUGGCCUGGUUGCA